AGUUAUCUACCAGAGGGCGCUAAUUGCGAGGUAAACAAGAAAAUUGGAAAAUUGUACAAGCCGCAGACACAAAGACUUAAAGAUGCCUUUAAAUCUAUUUGGUAACAAAUUUAGCCCAAAGAAAACUCCACCAAGAAGAGCACAAUCAUUAUCAAAUCUUCACUUAGAUUCCACUGCAUCCCAAGCUGAAUUUGGACUAGACUGUAAUAAUGUGAAACUAAAUCUUGGUGGUAAUGAGGUUAUGUUUGAAGAUGGCAUGUGGAUACAAGAGAACACAAAAGGAGGAGGUGCUAGUCAUUAUGAAGUUACAAGAUUACGCAAACAAAACCAGCAAUUACUAGAAGAAAAUAAUUUACUUAAAUUAAAAAUGGAUAUACUUUUAGAUAUGUUGGCAGAAACAUCAGCAGUUUCUAAUUUACAUGAUAAUGAACUUAAGCAGCUUAGAAAUAGACCAAAUCGAUAAAAUAAUAAAUAUCUAAAUACUCCAGAUUUUGUAUUUAAUAAUGUCAUGCCGUCCUGUAAACAUAAGUCAGUAGUAAAAGUCCAGAUGGUUAUUUCCCUUGCUUGCUGUUUCAGCGAUUCAAAUCUUAUUGUCAGGUGCCUACAGAAUCAAUUCUAUUACGAAAUUUGAAGAAAAUAGUUAAACAAGACAUCUAGGAAACUUUAACGAUUUAUUUUUAAAUAAACAUUUUAAUUAUUAACCAUUUAAUGUAUCUUAUAUUCUCAGCAUGAGUCUGUGACAGUACAAAUCUUUUUUAAUUAUAAAUUUGUUUUGUCUCUUUAUUUAUCAUAUGGUACAGUACCAUAUAGUUGUAUAUUUAUGUAAUGUUGAAUAUUUUUGUAAAUAAAUCAUUUCACUUUUUAA